AUGGAGUUGAAAGUUGCAGAGGAGAAGUCUUGGCAAAGAAGAGAAUUCAGAGUUUCAAGAGGUAGAAAUCACAAAGCAGUUGUGAGCAACAUUCUGAAUUCCAUUGCACAGGUUAAUGGCGGAGAAGCCGUUUGCCAAGCUUCUGAAAAUGGAUCGAUGAAGCUGAAAAUCCGGGUGAAGAAGGAAGAUCUAAAGCAAGUGGUGGAGGUGAUUAGAGAUAGCAGAGGAAUUCCAUGUCAAUCCACACCAUCUAUGUCUUUGGAACAGCGCUUGAAUUUCAUGCGCAGAAGGCAUGUAGUAAGAGCCACCCAAGCGAAGGUCAGAAGCCGGGGUUCUUGGAUGCCUGUUCUCUACAGCAUACCUGAAGAAGUCUAA